GAUUGUUAUCCUCAAUGUUUACCGUUCAGAAAGUUGUCUGAAAGUCAUAAUAAUCAAGCGUGGACAACUUCGUCUUCAAAUCAGAACGUUAUUUACUGAAUGUUAGGUUUGAAAUGUCAAAAUAAUUUACAAAGGGAUCAGCUAGUUACAUUUAGUUUUACGGAAUUCAAAGCAAGAAAAUUGAAGCGACUGGUAAUCAGACAAGCACAGACCGGUAAAAUACUGCGCAAAAGUCGUCAAGGUUAUGUUGCACGCAGCGGAUACAUCCAGGCACGUAUGUUGACACGUACACACAAAACUGACACGUUGUUGGUUGACUUCCACAUGUGCAACGCUUUUCUCGUUCUUUCCGUGCGUUACCCAUGCAACUCGCUACAAUCAUGGCGCAACUUGUCACCCUUAUCUCGCUAGUUUUCCUCCUCUUCGUGGCCAAGACUUUCAUCCAAAAUGUAGACAGUCAGACAGAGGAGAAGUCGGCGCCGGCCACGACUUACGAUGAGUGGUAUCAAAGCGGGAUGGAUGCCUACAAUAAGGAGAACUGGGAAGACACUGUUUACUAUCUUGAGAAAGCCCUGGAAGAAUUUCGGUUCUACCGGUCCAGUCUGGUGGAGUGCCGUAUAAAAUGCAGUAAUUUCACUCGCACCCCGAGCUUGAAGGACGAGAGCACGCUCUUGGAAGAAAUGAAGUAUUUUCAGGGGCUUUUUCUCAAGGCUAACUGCGUUCGGAAAUGUAAAUUUGAGAAGUUGGGAGACCGACCGCAGCUGAUCGACAACGACAUGACUGACAAGUUCCUUAGCAGGAUGCCUUACAGUUAUUUGCAGUUUGCUUACUACAAGAGUUUUGAGUAUGAGAAGGCAGUAGCUGCAGCUUACACCUAUGUACAGUGGCAUCAAGACGAUGAUGUUAUGCAGAACAACUUGGAGUAUUAUCGCAACUUGCACGGUAUCACGGAGGAACAUCUGAUCGACUUGGAGGAGAAACCACAUCAUAAAUAUUUCAUGGAGGGGUACAAAGCCUACGAGAAGGGAGAUUUUGCCGGCGUCAUCGAGAACAUGAAGAAGGCAUUGGAGUAUUACUGGAAAGUGGACGAGGAAUGCCGCGCACUGUGCGAAGGACGAUACGAGAACAGGGAAUUCAUGGACCUGUACGAAGCUAUGUCCAAUCACUAUGCUUCAGUUCUCUACUGCAAGAGCCAGUGUGAAGAGUGGAACUCACGAAUGAAGGGGAGCAUGGUCGACAACUAUCUACCAAACCACUACCACUAUCUGCAAUAUGCGUACCAUAAAGAGGGUAAGAUGAUGGACGCUGUCAAUGCUGCGGCCUCGUUCCUUGUCCUAGUCCCCAAUGACCCCACGAUGACCUCCAACAUGCGUUACUAUGAAGACGAGGAGGGUACCAACAAGUACACGGUCAAGCCCGCGGAGGAGGCUGUGGCCUAUCAGAAGUGUAAAGACUUGGAGAUGAAGCUGCUUCAGUUUGCCAAGCAACGGUUCUGGGGGCAGGAGGACCUGGAGUAUUUGGAGGAGCAUUACCAAGGAACAAUCAAGACGCUCCUGUAUCAGGACCAGGCCGAACCCAUCAACCCAGAUGAGGUCCUCCUGGGCUACGAGAUCCUAGAAGCCCUCCAAUCAGGACAGAGCUUUGCCGAUCGCCAUGGAGAUGACCCAUCAGAGGUCACGACCCAGCCGGAGGAAAUCUGGGCUGAGUAUUUCGAUGAUGAGGAGGAGGAGGGAGUCGAUUCGGAUGUGGAGCAUUUUCGGAGGGUUAUUUUGAGAAACCGGAAGAGAUUUGGCCUGAGGAUGAGUAUUUGAUGAUGGACGAGGAUGAUGAUGAUGAAGGACCUGUAAGGGAGUAUUCUCCUGAGCCGAUUCUUUAUGAUGCGGAGGAAACAAAUAGACGAGGAUGACAAACAGGAAGGAGGAACAACUGGAGAAAACUUGAGAGAUCUUAAAGAGACGACAGCGUUUGAUACCAAGGAGCAACCACAUAUGAACAGGGUUGAGAGUCUGGAAGAGCUGGAAAACAAACCUUCAA